CCUCCUUUCUUCUCCCCUAAUGUGGUUUCGGGGGUUAAAAAACACAACUUGGAAGCCCAGCUUGUAGCUCGGCAGCUGCCUUCGUUUAGUGUGCUCAAGCGAUGUCUUUGAAACAUCUGGGGAGUUAAAGAAAAGAGCGUUGGUGAUUGGGAGAGUUUCAGCAUGCAAGAAGAAACAAAUGGUGGGAAACGGCAGAACUGAUGGGCCGUGAGGAUGUAAGCAUGUUUGAAGGCUCCUUCCCAUUCCACUUCAAGACAGAAUCAUGAAUAAACUGGAGGACAAGCAGGACCAGAUGAUACCAUGAAGAGAAGUUUACAGGCCCUCUAUUGCCAACUGUUUAGUGUUCUACUGAUCCUGGCACUGACAGAAGAGCUGGUGUUUGCCAUUCAGGAACGAUCUCCCAGAGAAUCAUUUCAGGGCCCCCUGAGAGGUGCUGCCAUGGUGACGACGAUGCCUCCCCAUGCCGCUGACCGCCCCACCGUGGAGCCCGCCCUCGCUGCCAACCACAAGGCACCACAGCCCCCGAGCCCUGUGGCAGCCCCUCCUCCUCCUCUUCCAUCUUCUCUUCCUCCUCCAUCUCCUCCUCCUCAGCCACCGGCCACCGGCAGCCCCGCUGGCCGGAAGGACACGUACUACCAUGCCCAUAACCAGAGCGGCCCAUACGCUGAGCAGACUCAUCCCUUGGGGAAAAUCUUUCAGAUUUACAAAGGCAACUUCACGGAAGCCACAGAGCCUUAUCCCCGGAGGGAGCCCCCGCCCCGCCCCCCCUCCCCAAGCACCCUGUUUACCAGCCGCCCCCCUGCACAGUCCCAGGUGGGGACCCCCACGGAGCCAAACCGCACCGCCCGGGCCCCACCUACAGACUCUUCCUUCCCCGAAGACACUGGGCCAGACCUCUGGCGACCUGAGCCAAGGAUUGACCCCUCUCUCGCCGCCCAAGGUGCAAAACCAACCGGUCCGCCCCCCAGCCCCCCUGCUGAUCCUGAAGCCGCCUCAGUGCCUUAUCAGCCCCCGCACUCUGUCCUGGGCGGGAACGACUCUUGGCUCACCCUGGCCCCGGGAAUCAACGUUCCGUUGUUUGGACGACCCGGAGCAGGAGUGGCAUCGGGCGGUCCCUUCCGGGUCCCUUUGGAGGUCAGUGUUUCCUCCCCCCCAUCAAGGAGCUUUCAGCAGGUCCUGGAGAGCGGCCCCACCCUGUCCAGCAACCCACUCUCCGCCGCGCCCACCGGGGCCAGCAGGGAGCCUGGCUCUCUCUCCACAGCAGGCUCCACUGCCACCGGCAAUUUCCUGAACAGGCUGGUCCCCGCGGGGACCUGGAAGCCCGGCAUGGCCGGGAACGUCUCCCAUGUCACCGAGGAGGACAAGCCCCAACACAGAGCCACAAUCUGCCUCAGCAAGAUGGACAUCAUCUGGGUCAUCUUGGCUAUCAGCGUGCCAAUAUCCUCGUGUUCCGUCUUGCUGACGGUGUGCUGCAUGAGGAGGAAGAAGAAAACAUCUAACCCAGAGAACAACCUGAGCUACUGGAACAACGCGAUCACCAUGGACUACUUUAACAGGCAUGCCGUCGAGCUGCCCAGGGAGAUCCAGUCCUUGGAGACCUCAGAGGACCAACUCUCUGAGCCUCGCUCCCCAGCCAAUGGGGAUUACAGAGAUAGUGGGAUGGUCCUCGUUAACCCCUUCUGUCAAGAAACAUUAUUUGUAGGAAAUGAACAGGUGUCUGAGAUAUGAGCUGCACCAGCCUUUGAAAUUCCAGUUCCAUCCAUUUCAUCUUUAAAUUAUAAAUAUAAAUAUAUAUAUAUAUUAUAAAUAUAACCUUUGUGUAAUCCUGACUUAAUGAGAAACAUUUUCAGCUUUCUUUUCCUAAGACUUGUCGACAUCUUUUUUAUAAGUGUGGUUAAAAAAACUUUACAGAAUGAACCAGUGGCUUUAUAAAAAUAAAGGUAUUUCUAAGCAAAGCCAUUGUGCCGAUUGCUUCUCUUGGCACCAGUCCAUAGAGUUGGGAAGGAUACCCUGGUCCUGCCAGCCCAGAGCAAGGUAAGUUUGACUAACCUUUUCUUAUAGAUGCUUUGUCCGGUGAGAUUGCUGAGACGGGCAACCAUAGUUCCAAGAGAACAUCCGUGCAGGUCUGUUCUCCCUCGGUUUACCCCUGGGUUUGAUUUUAGGUGUGUAAACACACACUUGUGAAAGGUCUGGGACACUAAAAACCCUUCCCGACUCGAUCUUCUGCUGUUUCCACCAUCCUCCUCGUCUCUCGUAUCCCAUCUUCAAUACUCUUGGCUUCUGGAUGAGAGGAAUGGUUAGGGAGGGCCGUUUCUGGCCCCGGGAAUCGGUGAAGCGUUCCCUGUCGCUUGAAGAGUUUGGGGGACUUGCUCUCACGCUGCCUUCUGAACCAGACCGUGGAAUCAGCAUCUUCCUGCAAGUCUGGAAUCACCUGACAAAGUGAAGCAUUUUGGAAGGACCUCAACCAGAUUCCAGUUCAGGGCUCCACAGACUUCACCACCAGAAAUCCAGCAGACCAAAUCACUGUUUUCCACCGGUGACUAGUGAGCUGCUGCAGCCCUUCCCUCGCAGGGAUCCUGCAGCUCCCUGGCCCAGGAAGGAUAGUACAAGUGGAUUGCUCUUUUCUUUGCUCAGAAAAUGGUUAAAUGAGAAGAAGCUGCUGUUCAGGUCCUUCUUCAGAAACACAGAGAACUGGGUUUUGAACCUAUUUUGCCAACUUUAUAAGGAACCAAACGUCAAUUGUUUUCAACCACCAGGAUCCAAUACUUCAUUAUCUCCGUUCGGUUGGCCCUAGUUUCCUUUUUUAAAAUUUUGAAAUUCGUGUUCAAGUACCGCUCCAUCCGUUCACAUUAUUCGUACAUAGGGACUUAAAGUCCCUGUUCGGAAGGUUUCGGUGUAGCCGUUCUGCUCUGAGGAGCAUUUAUCAUUCUCUUGUUUGAUUGUUCAACCUAAACAUAAUUCUGUCAAUUGAGGAGCUCUCAAUGUAAAGCUAAUAUCUAUUUGUAAAUGAUAAUACAUAUAUUACGUGUGUGGGCGUGUGACCUAUUUUCUUCUAUUGAAAGUAUUCAACUACCAUGUAUUUAUAAAUAAAACAUAUUUUAUUA